AUGGCUGCAACCUGUGAGAUCAGCAACGUCUUCAGCAACUACUUCAGCACCAUGUACAGUUCGGAGGAGCCCUCCCAGGCCCCCGCGCCCCCCGCCGCCGCCACCUUUGCCUCUGACGACCUGCUGCUGACCCUGAGCAACCCUCAGAUGUCCUUGGAGGGCACAGAGAAAGCCAGCUGGUCGGGGGAGCAGCCCCAGUUCUGGUCCAAGGCCCAGGUCCUGGACUGGAUCAGCUACCAGGUGGAGAAGAACAAAUACGACGCCAGCGCCAUAGACUUCUCACGCUGCGACAUGGAUGGCGCCACCCUGUGCAGCUGCGCCCCCGAAGAGCUGCGGUUGGUCUUCGGGCCCCUGGGGGACCAACUCUACAGCCAGCUGUGGGACCUCACUUCCAAUUUUCCUGAUGAGCUCAGCUGGAUCAUCGAGCUGUUGGAGAAGGACAGCAUGACCGUUCAGGAGACACUGGUGGACCCCAGCCCCCUAGACCAGGGGAGCCCCUUUGCACCAGACUCACUGGAUGAGGGCCAGCAGGCCAGCCCGUACUAUCCAGGCAGCUACUGUGCAGGCGCCCCCUCCCCAGGCAGCUACUGCGCAGGAGCCCUCUCCCCCGGCAGCUCCGAAAUCUCCACUGCAGGGACGACCACCUCUCAGAGCCCCCAUUCUGCAGACUCUGGUGGGAGCGACUUGGAUCUGGACCUCACAGACAACAAGCACUUUCCUGGCGACAGUUUCCCUGACUAUAAGAAGGGGGACCCGAAGCAUGAGAAGAGGAAACGGGGAAGGCCCCGAAAGCUGAGCAAAGAAUCCCGCGAGUGUUUGGAGGGCAAGAAAAGCAAGCACGCCCCCAGAGGCACCCAUCUGUGGGAGUUUAUCCGCGACAUCCUCAUCCACCCAGAGCUCAACGAGGGCCUCAUGAAGUGGGAGAACAGACAGGAGGGCGUCUUCAAGUUCCUGCGUUCUGAGGCUGUGGCCCAGCUGUGGGGCCAGAAGAAAAAAAACAGCAGCAUGACCUACGAGAAACUGAGCAGGGCCAUGAGGUACUACUACAAACGGGAGAUCCUGGAGCGAGUUGAUGGCCGGAGGCUUGUCUACAAGUUUGGCAAAAACUCCAGUGGCUGGAAAGAAGAUGAAGUGCUUGGAAGUCGGAACUGAGGGUCUGUACAAGACCUAGGACAAACCACACGGACUUAAGGACCUUCCGUCUUGACACUCGCCCUGCUGUGAUAUGGACAGAAGCUGAGGCACUGGGGUCUUGCCUUCCUGGACCUGGGAUCUGGGGCCUCUGGCCUCUUGGA